AUGCAGCCACGGCCACCACCUACGACAGCCCAGCUUGCUUUGCAGCCACAUCUUCCAUCGCUCCAUGGCAGCCAAUCUUUACAUGCUUUGGCGCAGGCCAUGCAAAACCACCCAGAAGAUGCUGAAAAGCAGCUAUUCGGCGUGAUCAGCUUCGCUGCUGUUUGCAGUGGUGCUGAUUUGGAGUGCAAAGGCCGAGCAAUGGAUGCAGGGGCUUUUGAGGCGUUGCUUCAUGCUUUGCGCUACCAUAGUCAUGUCCCCUCCAUGCAAGAAUGGGCUGCUGCGGACGCUGGUGUUUGUGAGGCUUUUGUCCAAGCAAUGCGCUUGCACGCCAAUGACAAUGAAGUGCAAAAUGCUGCAGCAAUUGGUCUUCGUGCAAACUGUCGUGGUCCAACUUCCAAGCCACUACCGCCCAAGGUAGCCAACAAAACAACCAAGUUGGCAUUGGGUCAUGGUGCCGUGGAUGCCCUUGUGGAAGCCGAAGACUUCGACGUGCUAUACAAUUGCACUCUUGCGCUUGGCAGUAUUGUUAGAUUCAGAGCGCAGGAAUGCCGCAAGCAUGCGGGUGAGAUCGUCCAGGUCAUGUUACGCGCAUUGAAGAGCCCUCGUCAAGAUUUCAGGGUGACAUUUGUGGCCAAGAUGUGUCUCAAAGAUGUUCCAGGUGCUUUGUGCAGCCUCGUGGAAACCAUGAAUUCUGCCCCUGCCGAUGUCGAUGUGCAACAUUGGAGCUCGUGGUGGUUGGCAGAGGUAUUUUCUGCGGAUAUCACUGGUCCCCUCAUUGUCGACUAUCCAACUACCUGUGUUUUGCAUGCCUUGGUUUGUGCUAUGCAAAAGCACCCCACUCACGUGCAGACUCAUGCAGCUGUUGCACUAGGCGCCAUUUGUGCAGGGUGGGACUCAGAUGCACUCGAGCGCCAGAGGAACGCUGUGGAUGCUGGUGCUUUGCAAGUUGUAGUCCAGGCCAUGAGAAACCAUUCAUAUGAUGCAAAGGUGCAGGCUGCCAGCGCCCGCUGCUUUACGAGGAUUUCUAUUGCUCACGCCUCUGGAACGGCUGACGUCUUGCAGAUGUGGAAGACGUCACAGUUGAGGCCAGAUCUGUUGUUACCAGAGAAGGGCAUGCGCAGAAUCACUGGACAAAGUGGCAUUGAACUGGUCAACUUGUGCAAAAGGUUCCAGAGACUUCGCCCUCAUGUCAGCAGGUGGAAGACGUCACAGUUGAGGCCAGAUCUGUUGUUACCAGAGAAGGGCAUGCGCAGAAUCACUGGACAAAGUGGCAUUGAACUGGUCAACUUGUGCAAAAGGUUCCAGAGACUUCGCCCUCAUGUCAGCAGGUGGAAGACGUCACAGUUGAGGUUCCAGAGACUUCGCCCUCAUGUCAGCAGGUGGAACGACUUGCAAAAGAUGAAGCAAUCCAAGAGGUGGAAGACGUCACAGUUGAGGUUCCAGAGACUUCGCCCUCAUGUCAGCUACAGGACUACCACGGCUCUCUUGCCUUAUGGAUGGUUGGAUACAUCCGAGACCAAGGCAUGCCGAACGCUGGUGGGUGAAUGA